UCAAGUGCGCUAACGUACAGGCCAACGGCGGCUCCUGCACCUACCCUGCGUGCAACUGCGCUGAGCCACCCAAGAGCAAGUAAUAAGCUCUGGGGCAAUCUUCCGCCUCUGAAGCAUGCUGCCGCAGUACGGGGCACACCUGCCUCUGAAAGCAUCGGCCUCGAGCUCUCCCGUUGUAGACUCCGUUGGUCGCGCUCCGGCCACAGCGGUAUGAGACGAUCCUAUUGGGCUUUCUUAUCAAACUGGUACCGCACCAUUGGAGAGUUGGUCGGAUCUCGCUGUUGCUGUCUUGGGGCCUUCGUCGAGCCGCGUCCACAACCACAGACUACACACCCCACUCGUACCAACAUGUCCGACACAGUCAAGUGCGCUAACGUUCAGGCCAACGGCGGCUCCUGCACCUACCCCGCGUGCAACUGCGCAGAGCCCCCCAAGAGCAAAUCUUGGAUAACGUUCGAAGCAUUCGCAUUUGCGAUCAGAUUCGUCGAUAUCACGUCGUGCAUGAAGAAGACGUUGGGCAGAGGCGGCGGGCCGAAGAGCGCUGGACGCUAA